CUCACGGCGGCUGUCAUGGCGGCGCGGGCAGCGGCGGCGCGGGGCGCUUGGAGCCGGCUGGUUCCCGCGGCGCUGUGGGCGCGGCCGCGCCGCCUGCAGCACGAGGGGCAGCCCCAGGCGCAGCCCGCGCACCCCGACCAGCCCAUACAAAUGGAGAACCCCUAUAAGGAGCCUCCAAAAAGAUGCAUCUUAUGUAAAAUAAAUGUGGACUAUAAGAAUGUGCAGCUUCUUUCCCAGUUUGUUUCUCCUUAUACUGGCUGCAUUUAUGGCAGACAUAUAACAGGCUUGUGCCACAAGAAGCAGAGGGAAGUUACAAAAGCCAUUAAAAGAGCUCAAGUAUUUGGAUUUAUGCCAGUUGUGCUUAAGAACCCACAGUUUCUCACAGACCCCAAGAUAUGUAAUAUCAAGUAUCCAGAGUAAUAUACUGUAAAGAAAUAAACAAUAAAACUGUGUUUCAUGUUCAUAUA